AUAUAAUAUAGAAGCAAAUGUAACAGCCCUAUUAUAUGUUCAAUGUUAGUAUUGCGCUAUACUUCGCACAGUGAACAUGUUUCUUGCUGUGCUUGCUUGCUUGCUGAUUGUAUUGAAUUUCAAUUAUAUUAGAUGCGACACUGAUGGCGGGAAAGCGCCAAGGAUACCUUUGAAUGAUGGAAAUUUAAUGCCUGCUAUUGGAUUGGGAACGUUUCUUGGCUUUGACGAAAACGGACAAAAACAAGUAGGAGAUGAAGAAGUGGAGAGACCUGUGACUUGGGCUCUUAAUGCUGGAUAUAGAAUGAUAGACACAGCCUCCGCCUAUCAUAAUGAAGAACAAGUUGGUAAAGGGAUCCUCAAAUCGAAUGUACCCAGGGAACAGGUCUUCAUUGUUACUAAGCUCGGUUUGAAUGAACAAAGAGAUGUUCUACAAUCCUUACGAGGUUCCCUGAAACGUCUGAACACUUCGUAUGUCGAUUUGUAUCUGAUACACAAUCCAGUUGCAUUGAAGCCCGACCACAGUGGCUUUGAUAUCAUAGACUAUUUAGACACUUGGAAGGGCAUGGAGGAGGCGAAACGCCUCGGCCUCGCCAAGUCCAUAGGUGUUUCUAACUUCAACAUAAGCCAGAUGGAGCGUUUAUUAUCGAACUGUGAGAUACGACCAGCUGUUCUGCAGGUUGAGGUGAACCUAAAUUUAGCCCAAAAUAAACUCCAGGAAUUUACAAAAAGAGAAAAUAUCACUUUAAUGGCGUACACGCCAUUUGGUUCGCUAUUCGACAAGACUGGUGUACCGCCUCCUCCCAGGAUUGAUGACGCAACAAUGGUGGAACUGGCCAAGAAAUAUAAGAAAAAAGUACCCCAAAUUGCCCUACGAUAUUUGGUACAACGAGGUAUUUCGCCCAUACCAAAGUCAGUGCGUAAAGAGAAAAUCGAAGAAAAUAUCGACAUAUUUGAUUUUGAACUUACCGAACCGGAUAUGAUUACUUUGAGUCAAUUCAAUAAAAACUAUCGCGUUGUGUGGCCUAGUUUUUGGCAAGAACAUCCUUAUUAUCCUUUUGAAAGGAAAGAGAAUCCAGAUAAUGAUUUAUUUAAACCAAAACCUAAAUGAAUUUAGAUUGAUUUGUCUAUUCAGAGACGGUCUUUAUCUGUAGAAGUUUAAAAUUAAUUAAAUUAAUUUAGUUACAUUUUUCUAUGGGAUUCCUUAUUCCAUAUUUAUAUACGACAUUUCUUGAGGAUCUUAUUCUUUCCACAUUUUUAUUAGUAAAUGAUUUAGAAAUAACAAUUGUAAUGACAGGAAACGUGUUGGAAUUGGGUAUAAUAAAGUGAAAAAAUAC